CACCCCAAAAGAAACCGAAUUUUGAAUUUCAUGAACAAUGAAUCUUACAAUGAAUCAUACCACUCCAACACAACACUCUCACCCUCCAAAACCACCUUCACAUUUUCAUCUUCCAAAUCAAAAACCUAACUCCACUUUUUCUCCAACAAACAAACCCAACAAAAACCAAACCCUCUCUCAAAAACACAAACCCAUCACCGACCCCACAGUAGCAUGGACAUCCUCAAUUUCUCACCACUGCAAAAAUGGCAAUUUACUCGAAGCAGCUUCUGAAUUCAUUCACAUGAGAGAAGCUGAAGUUGAACCAAACAACAUCACUCUCAUCACACUUCUCUCUGCUUGCGCUCACUAUCCCUCCCAAACUAGCAUAGCCUUUGGAGAAACAAUACACGCUUAUGCUUUCAAAUAUGGUUUCGCUAUGAACGAUGUAAUGGUGGGUACUGCGUUGAUUGACAUGUACGCUAAAUGUCACCGAUUGGAUUACGCUAGGUUGGUAUUUGAUCAAAUGGGUGUCAAAAAUUUGGUUUCUUGGAACACAAUGAUUGAUGGGUAUAUGAAGAAUGGUGAUGUUGAAAAUGCACUCAAACUGUUUGAUAAAUUGCCUAUGAAGAAUGCUGUUUCUUGGACUGUGCUUAUUGGUGGGUUUGUGAAGAAAGAUUGUUAUGAACAAGCUCUUGAGUGUUUUCGAGAAAUGCAGCUUGCUGGUGUUGCUCCUGAUUAUGUGACUGUUAUUGCUAUCAUUUCAGCGUGUGCUAAUUUGGGUGCACUUGGUCUUGGCUUGUGGGUACAUAGACUUGUUAUUAUGAAGAAAGAGUUGAGAGAGAAUGUUAGAGUUUUGAAUUCGUUGAUAGAUAUGUAUGCACGAUGUGGAUGUAUAGAGCUUGCUCGUCAGGUGUUUGAUGCGAUGACUCAACGGACUUUGGUGUCUUGGAAUUCGAUCAUUGUUGGUUUUGCUGUUAAUGGGCUUGCAGAUGAGGCGCUUAAUUUCUUCCAUUCAAUGAAGAAGGAAGGGUUUGAGCCGAAUGGAAUCAGUUACACGGGUGCACUCACGGCGUGCAGUCAUGCUGGAUUACUUGAUGAGGGACUAAAAAUCUUUGCAGACAUGACGAGAGUUUGUAGAGUUUCGCCAAGGAUUGAGCAUUAUGGUUGCUUAGUUGAUCUUUAUAGUAGAGCAGGGAGGUUGGAGGAAGCAUGGGAUGUGAUCAAGAAAAUGCCCAUGAAGCCUAAUGAAGUGGUUUUGGGGUCAUUGCUUGCAGCCUGUAGGACUGAAGGUGAUGUUGAAUUGGCUGAAAAAGCGAUGAAAUAUCUUGUUGAAUUGUACCCGGAGGGAGAUUCCAAUUAUGUGCUUCUUUCGAACAUAUAUGCUGCUGUUGGAAAAUGGGAUGGUGCAAGCAAGGUUAGGAUGGAAAUGAAAGACCGUGGCUUACGAAAGAAACCAGGCUUUAGUUCCAUUGAGAUUGAUUCCAGCAUUCACAAUUUUGUGUCUGGUGAUAAAUAUCAUGAAGAGAACGACAAUAUUUACUCAGCCUUGGAGCUUCUGUCGUUUGAGCUGCAAUUAUGUGGCUAUGUUCCUGAUUUUGUUGGAAAAGAAUCUUAUGAGGAUGAUUGAAUUUUGUGAUUAAGUUGCACAAAAACAUAACUCAUACAACAGACCUGCUAAUUGAGUUCAACAAAGUGAUUUAUUACCAUAGUUUACUCUGUGUACAAAUCCAAAAACAUUAAGACCUAAACUUUGCCUCAUGUCAUGUAGCAAAAAAGAUAUAUAGUCAAUUUUUAUUGCAUCUUAGAUGAAUUCUCUAGAAAAAAUCAAACUAUGAAAAAAAGCUUUGUUUGCUUAUCCAUGUCUGACUAUUAAAAAAAAGCUUAGUUUUCUCAAUUUUCUUCCUCUUUAUCUAUUUUC